UCGCCUGGAAGACAAAAGUGAGAAGCACUUUUCAUGCUCUUUGCGGUUAUUUCGUAUUUUUGGCGCUCGGUUUUCCCCCCUCGCUUGCGGUUACCAGAUUCGCGGCGGAGUUUGCCAGGACCUCGCUUCUUUCCCUGCUCCAGCGACAUUCAAGCCUCUUUCGAGUGAACGUGAAGUAUCGUAGCUGGACAUUUGAUUUGUUUCGCGGACGUCGCUUUUGUCUCAUGUUCCCUCUUCCGAACUAUUAUUCACAGCACCUCAACACUGAUAUUCUGUUGAAUUUUUAACGUGCAAUAUUUAGUAUAACUUAUUUUUCUAUAAAUACUCUUAUUCUUUAUCGCGAAUUUGAAUUUGUUCGGCUACAAUCAUGGCGACGGCAACUUCCACCCCGGCCGGGCAAAGAAUAAGCACCCGGUCUAGUACCACUACUACCCCCCUGAGCCCCACGCGGAUAUCGCGGCUACAGGAGAAGGAGGAGCUGCGGCAGCUGAACGACCGCCUGGCCGUCUACAUCGACAAGGUGCGCAGCCUGGAGUCGGAGAACAGCGUGCUCCACCUGCAGAUCUCCGAGAAGGAGGAGGUGCGCAGCCGCGAGCUUAGCGGCUUGAAGGCGCUAUACGAGACGGAGCUCGCGGACGCCCGGCGCACGCUCGACGACACCGCGAGGGAGCGCGCGAGGCUUCAGCUCGAGCUGGGAAAAGUCCGCGGCGAGCACGAGCAGCUGCUGCAGAGCUAUGCGAAGAAGGAUGCUGACCUUGCCAGCUGCCAGGCUCGGCUCAAGGACCUGGAGGCGAUGCUGAACUCCAAGGAGGCUGCCCUGGCCACAGCGCUGUCUGAGAAGAAGGCCUUGGAGGCCAGCCUGGCUGAUGCACAGGAGCAGCUUGUUGAGCUGGAUGUGGGCCUGGCUUCUGCUAAGAAGCAGCUGGGUGAUGAGACUCUGCUCCGGGUGGACCUGGAGAACCGUUGCCAGAGCCUGGCUGAGGAGCUCGAGUUCCGCAAGAACAUGUUUGAGGAGGAGAUCAAGGACACUCGGAGGAGGCACGAGACGCGCCUGGUAGAGGUGGACUCGGGUCGCCAGAAGGAGUACGAGUUCAAGCUGGCCGAGGCUCUGGCUGAAAUGCGGCAGCAGCACGAUGAGCAGGUCAAGUUCUAUAAGGAGGAGAUGGAGCAGACCUACCUGGCAAAGCUGGAAAACACUCGCCUGUCAUCAGAGAUGAGCAGCUCGGCAGCCAGCAUGGCCCGUGAGGAGCUGAAGGAGGCACGCCUGCGGAUGGAGAGCCUCUCUGCACAGCUGGCCAGCCUACAGAAGGAGGCCCGUGGCUGGCAGGACCGCAUCAACGAGUUGGAGGCAGCUCUGGCCCAGGAACGAGAUGCCAGCCGACGCGCCUUGGCUGAUAAGGAGCGUGAGAUUGCUGAGAUUCGCGCCAAGAUGCAGCAGCAGCUAGAUGAGUACGAGCAACUGCUGGACGUCAAGCUGGCCCUCGACAUGGAGAUCAAUGCCUACAGGAAGCUGCUGGAGGGCGAGGAGGAGAGGCUAAAGCUCUCCCCCAGUCCAACCUCGCGCGUCACAGUCUCCCGCGCCUCCUCCAGCCGUAGCGUGCGCACCACCCGGGGCAAGCGUAAGCGUGUGGAUGUGGAAGAAUCAGAGGCCAGCAGCAGUGUGAGCAUCUCCCACUCGGCCUCUGCCACCGGCAACGUGUGCAUCGAUGAGCUUGACGUUGAUGGGAAGUUCAUCCGCCUGCAGAACACCUCCGACCAGGACCAGCCCAUGGGCGGUUAUGAGAUGACCAGAACCAUUGGAGAGUCCUCGGCCACCUACAAGUUCACGCCGAAGUAUGUCCUGAGAGCUGGGCAAAAAGUCACGAUCUGGGCCUCCAAUGCAGGCGUGAGCUCAAGCCCACCAACUGACCUCAUCUGGAAGAACCAGAGCUCCUGGGGCACUGGUCAGGAUGUCCUGGUGGUGCUGAGGAACCCGCAGGGAGAGGAGGUGGCUCAGAGGAGCACAGUCUUCAAGACUGCCACAGAGGAGGAACAGGAAGAGGAGGAUGACGAGGAAGUCGAGGUAAUCGAGGAGGACCUCUUUCACCAACAGGGGGACCCUCGGGCAGUGAAAAGGGGUUGCGCCAUCAUGUGAGCAAACCAGCAAGGCCUCCCUUUCCUCUCGAGCAAUUUCAGCUGCCAAUGGAAACACAACCGGACUGUUUUCUAUAUUUUUAGUUUAUCAACCACAGGAAACUUUAUCAGCAGAUUGUAACCGUUUUGAUAUACAUUAUUUUUGUGAAAUCAUAAAACACUCAUGACUUGUUUUGUAUGAACCAAAUCUUGUUUAAUGGAGGACUGUUUUUCAUGUAGCUUUAGGUGAUAUAUUGACAGAUGUGUAAGCAAGGCAGCUUGUGGAACGUUCUCCAGGUGCUGUGACUUUACUUUUUUACCACCUCUAUACUGGUUUCAAGUUUAAAAUAGCAUUUUAAAGUCUUUAUAGGAAGUGUUCUUAGUUUUUCUGUAGUCAUUAGAUGGGCAGGGUUUUAUUGAAUAAAUUUGAGUGUAGUCAAUGCUUUUAUGUAAACAAUAAAGACAGAUUCAAAUUGUCUUUAAUUUUCUGCAUAUCUUUAAAGGAGUUUUAUGUAUUGAGUGAAAGGUCUAAAGUAACACAAUGUAAAUGACCCAUGAACUUAUACCCCUAAAGGCUGGAUUGGUGUAUGAUGGAAAUGUAGAACCCUAGCAUGAGGUUUACAGCCUUUUUUUUUUUUUUUUAAAUUUUUAUUUAAAGAAAAACCAUGAUAGAAGUGUAGUGUUGCUCCUUUUAGUGACCAGUGAGUGGUAUGGAAUUCACAAACCCUCCUGUUCAUCAGUGUCUAACAAUCUCAAAAGCUGCGUUUCCAUCUCGCAUUCUGUAGCUACAGAUGGUCCUGUUGCGAAGGAGUUGCUGUCAUUUUAUUACUGAUGUUCCCAUAAAUUAUAGUCACAGGUAGGAAACUGGCAACUAUGCAGUACUGUAAGUACCUGGACCAGCAUGCUGGGCUGCUUAUUGCCAGGAUUUGCUUUCUUUUACAAAGGAUCUAAUUUGUGGAUUUGCAAUUUUUUUUUUCCCUCAUCACUGUGAUGGUGCAGGAAUAUUUGUUUAAAUUGGUUUCACUGCCAGCAUUUUUCUCAUCUGUGACCAUAGAGGAUGCAGAGACACACACACAUACACCCCCACCAUUUAGGUGUGUGCCUGUCAGAUGAAGCAACUGCAGAUUUGUCGAAAUUCAACUUGUACUAGGAAGAAUUAUUCAAAAGUAAGGUCACAGACCUGUGGUGUAGGGUACAGCCUGGAUUUAUUUAACCCUACAUGCUUAACAAUUCAAAAAAACCCUAUAGCUGUACAGCUGUAGUA